AUGCUCUGGUUGUAUCACCUUUCUUGUGAUGAAGACCGCGCAGCAUAUGUCACAUUAUGUGCGUCUAGGAAAGUAUUUGUAAAUACACGACUGCCCAAGAUUUCUUCCGCAACCCGCCUGAGAACACGGGGCCGGCUUAACACGGACUUCGGGCCUGUCUCUUCAUGGCCUGUGCUUUUAACAUUGCAUCUACUCGAUCUGGCUUAUGACUCUGAGACUAUUCGGGUUAUGUACCUUCCGCUGGCUUUAUCCAUUUUGUUAUUCGCCCAUGCAGCACCUACGACUUGCGCAUUCAAGCCUCACAAGGCAUUGGCACGAGUGACAGAACGAUUUCACCAAUACGCGAAGAGGCAUAGUGUACAAUUCGCUCGCGACCUCCGAGUCGUCUUCCAAGGCCUGUCUGGCGAGAAAGACGAAUUUGACCCAAAUGCAUCACGUCGUGUGUACUGCGUUCGCCCAGAUGACUUAGGACUGAAAGGGAAUGGUUCGUCGACGUCGCCAACUACCGACCGCUCUGGAUCGACGGGAUCUGCAACCGCCUCAGGGGCAACGCCAACUGCUACAUCUGCCUACCAGCUGGUUGAAUCUCAUUCUGGAAAUAACUUCUUCGAUGGGUUCUCGUUCUUUGACUUCCCGGAUCCUACUGGUGGUACUGUUGACUAUCAAAGUCAAUCAAAUGCAGAAGACAACGAAUUAAUAGCCAUUAACGAUGCUGGCAACGCUGUGAUCAGAGUAGACACAACUCCGACGAUACCUGGGAAUCGGAAGGCCGUCCGCAUCACUACUGAGAAUUCUUUCACUCAGGGUAUUUUUGUUCUCGAUGCUGUGCAUAUGCCUCAAGGCUGCGGCACCUGGCCUGCUUUCUGGUCAAACGGUGCGGCAGGUGAAAUAGACUCAUUGGAAGGCGUCAAUGACUAUACAAACAACCAGGCAACGCUUCACACUGCACCAGGAUGCACAAUCCCAUCAGACUCGACUCCUCAGUCGCUCGACGUUGCGGCGACGGUCGUUGGUGGCACUAAUUGCGCAACUACGGAGACAGGUAACACAGGAUGUGGUAUGAGAGCUGACUCGAAUACCACCUAUGGUUCGGGAUUCAACUCAGUUGGUGGUGGUGUAUACGCCACGCUCUGGGAUGAUGACCAGAUUGCAGUGUACUUCUUCCCUCGUGGAUCGAUUCCGCAGGACCUCGAUGCAGAAGCGCCGCUGCCUGAUACGUGGGGCACACCAAUAGCCCGAUGGCCGGCAUCAAACUGUGAUAUUUCUAAAUUCUUCAAGAGCCAUACUAUUAUCAUCAAUACUACGUUCUGUGGGCAAUGGGCGGGAGUUUUAUGGGGCUCGACGGGUGUCCCAGGUCAGGGGGCAAGCUGUGCAACACGUACGGGAUACUCGACAUGCGACGAGUUUGUACGCAACAACGGUGCAUCGUUUGACCAAGCGUACUGGGAGAUAUCGAGCGUGAAGGUGUACCAGACGUCUCGUCAAUCAUAGAACCCACUGUGUGGAGCAAUGGUAAUUAUUUGAGAAUUAGGCUGUUGUACUGGAUUAGUCUGGAUAUAUGUAUCAUUCGUAGGAUAUUUGGAUAAUGUGGACUAUUAGUUAGUAUAUUAUACGCAGUGGGAUUAGAGUACAGUUGAAAAUGUCUUAUUGCGUAACGUCGGGAGAGGGUU